AUGCUUGUCUGGGUGGAGUUUUAUCGUCUCGAUGCUUUUGCUGUCUGCUCGUUUGCGUGCCAGAACCCGCCGAGCCGCAGAAAACAAGCCGAGGCUCGCAAGGUCUUGGCAUCAACAACGCCUGCUGAGCAGUUACCAACCUUUCUCUGCGGCCUUAUAACUGCCUGCCGAAGGAGUAGACCUCAAGCUAACGAGCAGAUAGAUAACAAGGUUGUCUUUUGUACUGGCGGAGCUGGGACAAUAUGCAGUGCCCAGGUUCGCGCUUUGGUACAUCUAGGUGCGAAUGCAUGCAUUGUUGGCCGUAAUGUUGAGAAGACGGAGAGUAUGGCCAAGGACAUUGCCACGGCUCGCAAGGGUUCGAAGGUCCUUGGAAUUGGAUCGGUCGACGUUCGCAGCUUUGAGAGUCUCAAGAAGGCUGUAGACCGAUGCGUAGAGGAACUGGGAGCUAUUGAUUUUGUUAUCGCUGGAGCAGCUGGGAAUUUCCUAGCCUCGAUCAAUCAGUUGUCUGUCAACGCCUUUAAAGCGGUCAUGGACAUAGAUGUGCUGGGCUCGUUCAACACAUUGAAAGCAACGAUACCCCAUCUGGUUGAGUCCGCUGUUAAGCAUCGGUCUGAUGGAACAACUCCAUCACCGACCGGGACAGGCGGGAGGAUCAUCUUCGUCAGUGCCACUAUUCACUAUACUGGCAUGCCUAUGCAGACACACGUCUCUGUUGCAAAGGCAGGUGUGGACGCGCUAUCGAACAGUGUGGCGAUUGAAUUUGGCCCUGUAGGAGUAACAUCCAAUGUUAUCAGCCCAGGCCCAAUUGGAGAGACGGAGGGCAUGAAACGGCUUGCUACAGAAGACGCAAAGAAAAGCAAUGAGGCUGCUAUCCCGCUUGGUCGCUAUGGCUCUGUCAAAGAGAUUGCAGAUGCAACUAUAUACAUCUUCUCAGACUCUGGGAACUAUGUCAAUGCUUCCACUGUUGUUGUUGAUGGAGGAGCCUGGCGCCUGCAGGCUGCUGGAAUAUCAGGCAGUGGCUUCUCUUAUCCUGACUUCCUCCUAUCUGGCAUGGAAGUCACAGGCGUCUCGGGACAAAAGCAGAAGGCAAAGAUUUGA